GUUAAAUAUUUCCCCUCUCCCUUAUUGUUUUCUCUUCCUUCUCCUUUAUUCCUUUGGAACCCUAAACAUCGUCCCUAUUGUCUUUUCUAAUCUUCAUAUUGUAAACACAUAGGUGAUAAGCUUCUUUAAUUUAGGGAUGCUGCCAUCAAUAUUUGAGGAGCUUUAGAUUUGUUUAGGCUUGAAAGAAAAUAUAGCAUAAAUUUGAGUUUAUACCAAAAGUUACACAACUGAAAAUCUAAAUCCUUUCCAAACACUGCCUAGCAAAAUUUUGAUAGUCCCUGAACUAUAAUUUUAUUUUAUUACUGUGAACUCAAUGAAGAAAAAAGUAGUGGCAAAAGAUCCCCUUCGUCCCUGAGCACUGAGCGGAGCUCAGGGUGCUGAUGAUCGCUCUGCAAUCUGCUCCAUGAGACCCAAACGAGAGCACAAUGAGAGAACUCGCACGAAGAUCGCCCUAACCUCGCUCUCCGCCAUGGUUGCUGAGACCGCCACCUUCCCCAUAGACAUCACCAAGACGCGUCUUCAGCUCCACGGCCAGACUUCCCUUUCCUCUUCUCCCCGGCCCUCUGGCACCUCGGCUUUCCGAGUGGUCUCCAACAUUGUUCGCAACGAAGGGCCUCUCGGCCUCUACAAGGGCCUCUCGCCGGCUAUUCUCCGGCAUCUCUUCUACACGCCAAUUCGAAUCGUCGGCUACGAGCACUUGAGGCACGCCGCGGGGCGGAGUGACCGUCCUCUUUCUCUCUCCGGCAAGGCACUUGUUGGAGGAAUCUCUGGAGUCAUCGCGCAGGUAGUGGCUAGCCCUGCUGAUCUUGUUAAGGUCAGGAUGCAAGCAGAUGGUCGUAUGGUGAGCCAAGGUCUCCAACCCAGGUACACAGGGGCUUUUGAUGCUUUGAACAAGAUUAUACAUACAGAAGGAUUUGGAGGGCUGUGGAAAGGUGUUUUCCCAAAUGUCCAACGAGCAUUUUUAGUGAACAUGGGAGAGUUAGCCUGCUAUGAUUAUGCAAAACAUUUCGUUAUCCAGAAACAGAUUGCUGGUGAUAACAUUUACGCUCACACCAUAGCCUCUAUAAUGUCUGGUCUUUCAGCAACUGCUUUGAGUUGUCCAGCUGAUGUAGUUAAGACAAGAAUGAUGAAUCAAGCAGCGGGUGAGGAAGCUAAGCUUAUGUAUAAGAACUCUUACGACUGUCUGGUGAAAACUUUGAGAUUUGAAGGAUUAAGGGCACUGUGGAAGGGGUUCUUCCCUACAUGGGCAAGGCUUGGUCCUUGGCAAUUUGUUUUCUGGGUCUCGUACGAGAAAUUUAGACUUGUUGCAGGGCUCUCGUCCUUUUGAUGAACUUGCAAUUCUCUUUCAAGGAAAGGCAUUUAUUAUUUAUCCGUCCAAGUCUCAAAUUCAAGUGAGCAGUUUUCUCUCAGGAUUGAUUGUUCAAGUACCAGCAUCAGCAACUUCUUUCAAUUCUAAUAUUAUUGUUCUUAUUAUUGUUGAUGCGUACUGACUAGAAGAAAACAGUGAUAUAUUGAUGGCGAUUAAUUCUGAGCAUCUUAAAAAAUUUAUGAGUUAUUAUUUGUUACCAUUGGAUAAACCACAGGUAUUGUACUUCAAUUUAUUGUAAACCAGAUUGGUUUAUUCUUUGGUUGUAGGAAGGCAUUUCCACAUCCCAAGUAUCUUGUGAAGUUCUAUUCAUAAAAAUGCUGUUUUAUGGAAAUAGCAGAGUUUAAUAGAUUUUAAA